AUGCGGGGGCAGCAGCAUCACCUCCUCCACCACCACCCCAAGGCCCUCACCUCCUCCACCACCACCCCAAGGCCCUCACCUCCUCCACCACCACCCCAAGGCCCUCACCUCCUCCACCACCACCCCAAGGCCCUCACCUCCUCCACCACCACCCCAAGGCCCUCACCUCCUCCACCACCACCCCAAGGCCCUCACCUCCUCCACCACCACCCCAAGGCCCUCACCUCCUCCACCACCACCCCAAGGCCCUCACCUCCUCCACCACCACCCCAAGGCCCUCACCUCCUCCACCACCACCCCAAGGCCCUCACCUCCUCCACCACCACCCCAAGGCCCUCACCUCCUCCACCACCACCCCAAGGCCCUCACCUCCUCCACCACCACCCCAAGGCCCUCACCUCCUCCACCACCACCCCAAGGCCCUCACCUCCUCCACCACCACCCCAAGGCCCUCACCUCGACUGGGGUGUGGAGUGGGGGAAGGAUUGCGGUGCGGUGCCAGAAAGUGAUGCAGGGGGGGAAGAGCGAGGCGCGGAGGAGGUGAAGGAGGAGGCAGAGGAGGAGGUGAAGGAGGAGGAGGAGGGAGGAGGAGGUGAAGGAGGAGGCAGAGGAGGAGGUGAAGGAGGAGGCAGAGGAGGAGGUGAAGGAGGAGGAGGAGGAGAGGCGAGGGUGGGGAGGUUGAGGAUGGCACGGAGGGCCCGCACUACCUGA